AUGGCUGACAAGCAGCCAGCCACUCCCCAGCCAAUGGAAGUCCCCAUGGUUGAGAAGAGCGCUACAGAUAAGCAACUGACAGCUCCUCAGCCAAUUGAAGUCCCCAUGGUUGAGAAGAGCGCUACGGAUAAGCAACCGGCAGCUCCUCAGCCAAUGGAAGUGUCCAUGGUUGAGAUUGCACAUGAUGCACAGGAGCCUUGUAGAGAGCAGACGUGCGUCUCUUUUAUGACCCCCCUGGUUUACUACUACUACUACUACUACUACUACUACUACUACUACUACUACUACUACUACUACUACUACUACUACUACUACUACUACUACUACUACUACUACUACUACUACUACUACUACUACUAA